AGUGUUUUUAAUUUUCUGGCUGGUUUGCGCUGACAAAAGGUUGCACUUGCAAUAAAACAAGACUUCUUCUAGACUUGGUAUUUGAGCUGAUUCAUUUUGGAAAAUGAGUUCCAGUGACCUUUCUCCUUUUGCCAGCCAGGAGAACUUGUCUGCUCAGGGAAGGGUGGAUGGUCCUCGUGUAAAGUCUGGCCAAAGGGUGGUGCUGGGUGUUUUGACUGAAAAUGAUCAUCCUAGAAGAAGUAACCAGGGUGUUCUAGCUAAACCUGGCUCAGCACUGCAUGUAUCUGGCUAUGGACAUGAUGCCCUGUCUUAUCUAUCUGCUUCUGCCUCCGUCCGAGUGGUUGAACCAGCUGAGGUGCCAGCUGCUAAAAUAACUGGAGUGCAGUUGGCUGUUUCUCUUCAUCCAUCAGAUCUUCAGAUUUUGACUGCUGUUAAUGACUUUAACUCAGGCUCAAGUUUGGAUGCUUCUAUGCAGUCCCUGCCAGAGGAAGAACCACUCAUUUCUGAGGACAACUGGCCUGUUGCUGAGUAUGCCGAUGACAUUCAUAAACACCUGCGAGAAAGUGAAUUGAGAUAUAGGUCAAAGCCUGGUUAUAUGAGCAAGCAGCCAGACAUCACCAACUGUAUGAGGGUCAUCCUUGUUGACUGGUUGGUUGAAGUUGCUGAGGAAUACAAGCUAUGCUCUGAGACCAUCUAUCUGGCAGUGAAUUACUUGGACCGCUUUCUCUCCUGCAUGUCUGUUCUCAGAGCAAAACUGCAACUUGUGGGGACUGCUGCAAUCCUACUGGCUGCGAAAUAUGAAGAGAUCUAUCCUCCAGAGGUGGAUGAAUUUGUCUACAUCACUGAUGACACCUACACCAAGAAGCAGCUCCUGCGUAUGGAGCACCUUAUGCUCAAAGUGCUGUCCUUUGACAUGACUGCACCAACAAGUCACCAGUUUUUGAUGCAGUACCUUUUGGCAGGAGCUGUCUGUGUUAAAACUGCAAAUCUUGCUUUGUAUGUUUCAGAACUGGGCUUACUUGAAGUGGACCCCUUUCUCAAGUAUCUUCCAUCCAUGAUCGCUGCUGCAGCUUAUUGUUUGGCAAACUACACUAUCAACAGAACCCUAUGGCAGCCUGAUUCUCUGUAUGCCUUUACUGGCUACACUCUGGCAGAGAUUGCACCAUGUCUAGUUCAGCUCCAUCGGCUUCACUUGGCUGCAAGUAGUCUGCCCCAGCAGGCGAUCUGUGAAAAGUAUAGGAGUGUAAAGUACUGCAGUGUAUCCCUGAUUAAACCAGUGGAUACUUUACCAGUGCACUGAUGUCCAGUCAAUCCAAGAAGACUAAUAAACUGCAGCGCUUACUCCUCCAUAUGUAGAUACUGCAUGAACUGUCAAGAUUUUUAAGCUUUUUUUUUUUUUUUUUUUUUUUUAAAUAAGUUUCUUUCUUAAAUGUGAUUUUUAUCAUAGUGACUAAUGAAGUGAGUGAGCAAUAAAAUGUUGCAACUUGUUACCUUUUAGUUAAGGUGUAUAAUUGGACAUGGGCCUGGAUUCCUCUUUACAGACAUUGGGUAUAGCCUGUUUAUCUAUUACCACCCUCAGGACUGGUCAUGCACACUCAAUCAUGGACUCUCAGACUGCCUUUUCUCUUGGUUUUUAAAUAAAUGGAACGAGUUGUCAUACCUGUA